GUCUGUAGUUUUUUUUUUUUCCAACUUUCUACUAUCAGACAUUCAAACUAUCUUCUCUGAAAUUUCUGAAAAGUUGUCUUUCUUAGUUUCUAAAAUAAGCUUAUCUUUGAUACUUGACCAACAUCAAAUAUCAAUCAUAGUAUAGUUCGUGUUACAGCGUAAUCAUGGCGAUGAUAGGUACGAAUCUGCAAGCAAAUAGUAGUAUCAAUCUCAAAGGCAUGGAACCUAAAUUAUACCUUGCAGCACUGAAGGGCUCCUUUGAUGAACUAACUUCCAUAUCUAAUUGGAAGGAACAAUCAACCCCCAUUGGAAACAAUAUCCUCCAUAUUCACACCAAGAAACCGCUCCAAAAGGCCUCCAAGGAUUGCAAAAAGAAGAUUAACAUCAAGUUCAUCCAAGAGGAUAUUCGUUAUUGUGGAAGGAGAACAACAAUGGAGAUACCCCUCUGCACCUGGCUGCUAGAUUCGGGCAAGGAUGAGGCAGUUCAAGUGUUCCUCGAACGAGCUAACAAGGCGAGUCAAGAAGAGCUGAUACGGAUGCUGAGGAUGAUCAACAAGAAUAAGGAUACCGCAUUGCACGAGGCAGCUCGAAGAGGGUGUGAAGCUGUGGUACGGUGAUCGCGUUACUUUUUUGUUAAGUAAAACUUGCAUAUGAGUUAUGACCUGUUAGUUGGAGUAAAAACAGAUGAAGAUCAAUUUCACUGCAAGAUUACUAUGUUUGUGACCUGUUGAUUGGAGUAAACAAUCAACAAUUAACAAAUAUUAGUCCUACUGUUGAUGGAAUAAGAAGAUAAAUUUAUUAGUGACAUCGUACAUAGUACUAUAUAUUUCAAAUAAUUAAGGAAUAUGAAGCCAAAAGCUAUCAAUUACAAAUUUUAUUUAUAUAACUUAUACAAGACCUGCAAAAUAAAAAUGAGUUCAAACUAACAACCCCCACUUAAUCCAAAACCUAAAAUGAGUUGAACUGAACCACAAGAAUGCAACUGAGUUAGCUAGACCAGAAUUAUACAUGUAAUAAAACUCUGUAAUUAACCUGAAUUCAUUUUGUCGCAAUAGAAAAUGGCAUGGAUUGAAUACAACCUGAAUACCUAUGAUCCAAACUUGAAAUUUGAAUAAAGCAAUGAACCAAUGCAAUCUAGUCCAGUAAUAAAGUUCACACAUAACAAGCAAUAAUCAGUAAUAAAGAAGAGUACAUUCAAUUUUGUUAUUGUCCAAGUAUUAUGAGUUUUUGCGGAGAUAUACCAGGAAUAAGGCUAAUAAGGCAUUUUGUGGGGAUGCACCUCACCAAUUUUUUUUGUUGGGAUAUAUCAACCUAAAUUUAAGUUUUGUUAAAAGAUACCAAAUAUACUAUUUUCGGCGAUAAAGUUGGAGGAAAAUGAAUGUAAUAGAAACAAUUAAAUAUCACACACUAUACAAAGAGUAAUUAAGCAAGUCAAAGGUUGGAAAUUUGACUUUCUCAUCGAAAAUAGUGUUUUUGGUACCUUUUAACAAAACUUAAAUUUAAGUUGGUAUAUCCCACAAAAAAAUUUAAGUGAGAUUAUAUAUAUCCCCACAAAAUACUCUAUCACCCUAGUAUAUAUAUCCCCACAAAAUACUCUAUUACCCUAGUUGAUAAGUCAUAUUUUUAUAAAAUUUUUAGGUGCAUUUUAGAGCAUUUAGUUUCAUAUUUAGUUUCAUUAUUGCAUUAUAUUCUUAAGUUUUGCAUUUCUAUUCCUAUUCGGUAUGUUUUCUUGUUUUGAUGAAUUUCAGGCAUUGAGAACGUAUUUGGAUUAUGAUUAGCUAAACUUGAGGAUUAGGAGCACUUGGAAACGAAGCGGAAAAAUCAUUAGAAGAAAUGUGAAAAAAGAGUCACGUCUAGUCUUCUGAUCAUAACUUUUUAUGUGAUUCUUAGAAUCGAGUAAUUCCACUAGAUUUGGAAACUAGACUUGAAGAUCUUUCCAACGAUAGGUGGCACGCCCCAAGGAGACUUCUAGUCAAAGAGUUAUCCCUUUUUGAAGUUGGACUGUUUCUGCUGGAAUCUGCCAUGCGUACGCGAGGAUCACUAAUCCGCCUAUUAAUGAUUUUAUUAAGACUUUCCUUAUCUUGUAAAUUACUUUUCUAGUCAUAUUAGAUUAUUGAAUAUUAUUUAGAUAGGUUUUGAUUC